AUGAGCACCUGCAACACAGUUCCAUUUACAAAGCUCUUCUCUUUUGCAGAUUCCACUGAUUACCUUUUGAUGAUCGUUGGUACCAUUAGUGCAGUUGCCAAUGGCUUACGCUUGCCACUCAUGACACUCCUUUUUGGGGAGUUGACUGAUUCUUUUGGAGAAACCCAAAAUAUUAAUGAUUUGCGUCCACUAGUUUCUAAGGUUUCUCUGAAAUUCAUAUAUUUGGCUAUGGGGGGCGGUAGCGUUGCAUUUCUCGGUGAGUAG